CAUACUUUGAUGAAAAGAAUAUUUAAACCACCUCAGCUUGUCGAACUCAAGCGUCUAGAUUUGAGUGGAAAUGGUAUUGUGAGCUUACCUGAAAGCAUCUCUCAGCUUUCUAAGCUUAGAGAACUUGGGUUGUUUAGGUGUAGCAACCUUCAGUCGUUGCCAAAACAACUUCCGUUGAGUAUAAAGUUCAUAGAUGUACGUCAUUGUCCUAUGCUGCCAAUUUCAAGGAAUUUGACAGUAUGGACUGCUAUUAACGGUUUUAGUUUCAUGAUUUGUGAAAAUUCCGAUGAGGAUGAAGAUAGAACAAGGCACCAACUUGCGGUUCGCGAAGAACUUCAUGAUGAACUAUUCUUUUCUAAAUACAUUGAGGACCGAAUUUAUCAUGAAAAGCCAUUUGAAAUUCGCGCUCAUUUUCCUGAUAGUACGAGAGUUCCUAACUGGUGCAGACAUUGGAUGAGUGGGUCUUCUGUAAUAGCCAAACUACCUAUUGAUACAGAAGGUAGUAAUGGCAGGUGUAUGGGGUUUGCCCUAUUUGUUGCUUUCGAAAUCGUUGAGAAUGAAAAUUUUCAGAAAAGUUGGGAAUUGGAAAAGACUGUUUGCCAUUUUUCCACCCGUGAAGGUCGUCUUGAACACCCCAUAGUCUUUCAAAACUUUGAAAACUACAGGGUUGGGUCGUCCUAUGGACUUUGCU